UCGCGAGGAAAAGUCCCACGGAUACCGCUUUGAGAAUGUAUAAGUGAAAUUCUCGAAGGACAGAAAUAGGUGGGCCCUUAAGGAGCUCUAGGUGAGCUGUGUUUUGUUGUGUGGAUGUAUUUGUGUCCGGACGAAUGAAUGUGUGAACAAAUAAAUUCUGUGUUGGGUGGGUAAAAGUUGCACACCAUUCUUGGACCGUCACUUCAGGGUGGCUGGGUGGAGUUGGACGCAACUAGUAUCCACUUGAGAGGGAUGAAUGUAUGAUGAGCCUUGAUAAUAAAAGGACAAUUAAUGACUGAUUAUCCCUUAAAUAAAGGGAAAAAGUAUGCAAGAAUAAGCACUCUGGCUCAAUAAAGAGUGCAGAAAGUGUGAAUGAGGUUAGAAAAUAGUAUCAAUAAAGUUUGAACCAAGAUCUAUAAUAGAUUUUUGCAUUUAGGAUGUCUGGGUGAAAGGGGAGAAAAUUUUGUGAGCUCAGCGCAGUGGGAGUGAGAGCAAGGGAGGAAGAUUUCACAUUAAAGUUGUAUUACAUGGGUGGACAAAAAAGGAAAGAGAAGUAAAAAUAAAAAUAAAGAAUUAUUGUUAGAAAUAGUUAUCUAAAAAGUGAUAAUAAAAUAGAGUUAAUAAAAUAGACAGUCAAAGAAUAAUUAAUAAAAAAGUGUAAACGCAUGAGACAAAAUAAAAAACUAAAUUCAAAAAGGUAUGACACAUAGUGAAGAAUAAAAAGUAGGGUGAAAUGGGUAAAAAUAGUUAAAUUAAGUGAAAGGUAAAGAAGAGAUUGUAACCAAGUGACUAUAAAACUAAAAAGUUGAUUUUUGGGGGUAAUAAUAUAAAUAAAGAUAUGGCAGCCACACCAGUGGAAAUAAUUGGAUUAAAAUAUCCACUGUGUAAAGAGCAAAUAAACAAAAUCUCAAAAAAUGGCAGAAGAGAACAAAAAAUAUGACGACAAAAUGGCCAAAGGAAGGGACAUUUGAUGUAGCAUUGUGUGAGGAAAUGGAAACCCUGAUAAAAAACUAUAAAACUAAAAUCAUCAGUAUGAAAAGAGAAAAAAGGGACACAAAGAGGGAAAAAGAGAAAGGAGUAAUUGCCCUGUUUAAAAAGAAGGUGAGGAUAUGUUGAAGAGUAUACACUCAAAAAAAUGAUUCUUACCAGUAAUUGAAAUGAAGCGAUCUAUAUAGAUAAAGUAUAUUUAAAAAAGCAUAAAAUAAUUAUUAUUAAUCCGAAUUAGGCGUUCUCAACAUGAACGUAAUGGAUCCGAGACCAACCUGAUCAAAUUACAUAAACUAUGCUUAAUUCGCUGCAGUAAAGUGCAAAUGCAGAUGUUGCGCAUGCGCAUUAGAAAAAAACUAGGCGGGAAGUCGACUACGGCUGGACCACCAUAUUAGACAUCAUAUGGCGACUACGGUGAGCGGUGGGAAGAUCACUGAAGAACGGAUGAGGAGAUUAUACAAGGUAAAAUGUUUUCUUCAUGUAUAGUUGAUGUAGACUUUAACAUAUAAGCUAUUUUGUAUUAUUUGAUCGAUCUUGAUUUACCGUAGCUGCUAACUGCUCCUUUUAACGUUAACAUUUGAUAUCUUCGGCCUUCCCUGCUAACGUUUUCUUGAUCAUUUUAAAAUUCACUAUAGUUUGAGUAACGUUAUGAGGUCUACAUUGUUUUUUUGUUUUUGUUUUUUGGACUUAAGAUUAUGUGUGAUUAUGUGUUACGUGUUUUUACCUGUCAUCGACAGUCACUUUGCAAAUAUGUUAGAACAUGUAACUUAUGUUAAGUUGACCGUUAACGUUUGUCGUUAGGAUCUCACGUAAAAACAUGUGUUAUCAAAUAACAUUAUAUGCGUCGACUGUUUGCAUAGUUUUAGGCAGAUUACUCGUCUAUGACUUUUCUUUUCUUUUUUUUUUUUAUAAUAGAUAAGCCAUCUCUAUGUAACGUUACGUUUUGCUUUUCUAAAAAUAUAACUUACUUUCCAACUAACGUUACACUACAAACAUGCUCGACAUAAUAUGAGAUUUGCAUGUAAAAUUUUGUAGGAUGUUCUGUUAAAAAAAACAAAAGUGGAACAUUCAUUCUGCUGAGUUGUACUUUCAUUACAAAAAUCUAAUUAUGUCGUUUUUAAUAUUCCAGAGACUUCGUUGUGACAUAAUUCCACAUUGAAUCUGAUUAAAGUCAAUCAAUCACUCACUUAAGAUAUGUGAGUCUUGGGAAUGUGGCAAUGUAAAGUGUGUGGAACAGAAGUUUGUAGUAGGUAUGAGUUAUUGAAACAUUCUAAGCUCAAACAUGGACAUUUUGGGGCAAGAUUCAGACAUCCUUGUUUAUACAGUAAUUGUCCUUGCACUUUUAAAUCAUGGAAUAACCUCCUAAGUCAUAUAUACCGUGCCCACCGUGAUCAAUCAUCUUCAAAACAAUAUCAGUUUGCCACAUUUUCAUGUCAGCUGUGUGCAUGCAUUGAGUCAAAUGAAAGAGAUUACUUUUGUCAUCUAAAUGGACAUUUGCGCAAACAUGAAACUGUGACUUGUGUAUUUAAAGAGUGUACAUUUAAAAGCAAUAUUUAUAAUACAUUUCAUACACACAAAAAUAGGAAGCAUAAUCCACAUCGUCUAACUGACUUUAAAUUAGAUGUUGUCACAGUAACUGCAGACUGUCAGGAGUCAGCCAGUUCUCCCGUUGAUUUUCCCGCAUUUUCAACAGAAUCUGCGUUAGAGUCAUGCAGUGAAGCUAAUAAUGAUGAAGAUAUUUCUAAAGCAGGUGUUCUUAAUAUUGCCCUUGUUUUAUUAAAGUUGGAAAACAUUUUGCAUGUCCCAGCCACUGCUGUUGAUGAAUUACUUCAGGAACUACAUUAUUCACUAACUUCAGCAUCAAAUCAAGUGACUUGUAGCAUAAUUUCUGACAUUCUUAGAAACCACAACUUAGAAAUUGAUGAGAUUGUCAUUCAAGAGCUUUCUGAAGCAGGGGGCAGGUCAAAUCCUUUAGUUAAAGCCAUAGAAAAAGGUGGACCCCUUGCCACAGCUUUCAAGCGGAAGCAAUUCUACAAGGAAUAUGUAAGUGUUGUAGAGCCAAUUGAGUUUAUUCUUGAUCAAAAGAGUCGGAAGACCUAUCAGUAUAUACCAAUUUUGCCUUCUCUUCAGCUGUUGUUCAGUUGCAGUGAUAUUUUCCAGUAUGUUACUCGUGACCACGAGACACAUACAACUGAUUCAGGGGUAGGGAAAGAACAGCAGUACAGGUCUAUCAGAGAUGGUCUUUAUUGCAAGGAAAACUAAU